GUUUCAGAAAAACUCUGCUUUAGAGAGGGAAAAAAAAUGAAAAAUUUCGUACUACGAGAACUCGAAUAAAUGAAAAAAAUGGAGAAGAUAAAGCAGUCUCAUUCACACUGUGCUUUACCAAAACCCUUCUCAAAAUGGGAAAACCUCUCUCUUUUAUACAAAUUUAUUAGACCAUUCCUCAUACCCACCAAAGGAAAUACCAUAAUUCUUCUUUUUCUCUUCAAAAAACUGCCUUUAUAUUCCGGGUAGCAGACUUCUUCUUGGUCAUUUUAGGGUUCUGGAGGUUUCUCGUUUGGGCAGUGAGACCAACUAAAGAUUUUGGUUCCUCGUAUAGUAUUAAUGGAAAGCUUUGAUGGGGCUGGGUUUGCUGCUGUUGGCAGUACAGCAAGGAAGAAGAGAAGUAUUCCAUCUCGUCGACCUUGCGCUGUUGAAAAUUUGCAAAGUUACAACUUUUUAUCAUCAUUGGUGCAAUCUAUAGGUAGUGUCAGCAAAGAAGAUCAACAUUUUAAGAAUGGCUCUAAUGCAUUAGGAAGUGACAACAAGCUGAAGCUUAAGCUCAAGCUUGGUGGUGUUACACAUACCAUCCACACCAAGUCAAUGGCAGAGGAUGCCUUUGGUGGAGUGCUCACUGUUGCAAAAUCUUCUCAUUUUUCUGGGGCUCCUCAAAUUGAGAAGUCACUUCUCCAGGGCAAAGCUGACAAUUUUCCUCAUCCUUCUGACAAAGAAAAGGGCUAUGGAGUUUUCUCUGGUAGUGGCUCUGUCCUUGGGGGGUAUUCUUCUUGGAAAAAGGUGUCUGGCAUAAGUAUUUCUGGGAAUGAAACAGACAAUUAUGAGCCAACUCGUAAGAGCAAGCGGGUUCCUAAGAGACGUGUCUUGGAUGUGGGUUUUGAUAGUGAUGAGGAGCAGGAGGAUGCGGAAAUGCGCUACCUAGGUAGACUAAAAGCUUCUACUGGUCGUGCAAAUUAUGAAGAUGAAAUGAUUGUAAGAAACGAGAGAGGUCAAGGUAUUUAUGAUGACAGGAACUAUGUGGAAGAAGAAGAAGAACCUGUAUCGGAUGAUGAUUCUGGAUUUAAAAGGAGGAGGCUAGGAAAGGGAUCGAUUGAUUCAUUCAUGGAAGGAAGAAAUGAAUCAACUCCAACUACACGUAAUCGGGCCCUUCAGUCUGGAAAGGAAGGUUUAUCUCUGCCUGGUACCAGUCUUAUUGAGUUCCCAGAUGGUUUACCUCCAGCCCCAUCUAAAAAACAGGAGAAGCUCACUGAUGUUGAGCAACAGUUGAAGAAGGCUGAAGCUGCACAGAGGCGUAGAAUGCAAUCUGAGAAAGCAGCCAGGGAGGCUGAGGCUGAAGCAAUUAGAAAAAUACUUGGUCAGGAUUCUGGAAGAAAGAAGAAGGAAGAAAAGAUAAAGAAGCAGCGGGAUGAAUUAGCACAGGAGAAGGCUUCCAAAUCUAACACACUUGCAUCAAACACAGUCAGAUGGGUCAUGGGUCCUACUGGAACAACUGUCAUAUUCUCGGAAGAUAUUGGUUUACCUAAUAUUUUCUGUUCAGUACCAUGCAGCUAUCCUCCACCGCGUGAAAAAUGCGCAGGUCCAAAUUGUACAAAUACAUAUAAGUAUCGAGAUUCCAAGUCAAAGCUUCCUCUAUGCAGCCUCAAUUGUUACAAGGCAAUACAUGAAAAGACGCAACCUUUGAUUACCUGCUGAGGUGAGGUGUAGUUCCUGUUCUUCUCUGUUGCCUAAACAUUUGGAAGUCAUUCCAAAAUUUUAAAAACUGAAAAAAAUAGAGGGUGGUGCAAAUUAUUAGUCUCAUUUUAGUUUGUAUGAUUUCUAAUUUGACAUAUGGUAACAUUCUCCAUAUUUUGCUCCUUUUGACUGCAUGGGAAUGAAUUCUACAGUUAACCAUUGCAAAGAAAUUUAUCUGAUUACCUGAAUUCAAAAUCCCAGAACUUAGUGGGAACAGAUCAUGCUUGAAUUAGAGUCCGACCUGCUUUUAGAUAAAACAAUGCUGUGGGAGACUGGGAGGACACUGGAGUAAAAGAAUCAUGUACCUCAUGGAGAGAGAUAAGUACAUUUGUUCUUAUCACAAGCUAGGAAAUUGUUGGGACCAGGGUUCUUCAGUAGGCAGUACCUUGAGUGGUGU